AAACCAAAUUUAAGAAAUAAUUGUGUACCGAUAGAAAAUUUUUUAAAAGAGAUAAGUGAUGACUGGCGAUAAUCGGGAGAGUUCGGCGGUCACCGGCACCGAAUGCUUGGAUAACGUAUUAGAUAGACAAGAUAAUGAAGAAUUGGAAUUAGCUGUUAUGGCAAACUUACAAAAUUCAUCAAAACCACCUGUCAAAAAUGCACCAAUACCAGAUCGAGGAAAUUGGUCCAGUAAAUUGGAUUUUAUUUUAUCGGUUGUGGGCUUAGCUAUUGGUUUAGGAAAUGUUUGGCGAUUCCCAUAUUUAUGCUAUAAAAAUGGCGGUGGCGCAUUUUUAAUACCAUAUUUUAUCACAUUAUUUUUGGCGGGCAUACCCAUGUUCUUUAUGGAGUUAGCACUUGGUCAAAUGUUAACGAUUGGUGGUUUAGGAGUAUUCAAAAUUGCUCCAAUAUUUAAAGGAAUUGGAUAUGCUGCAGCAGUUAUGUCCUGUUGGAUGAACAUUUAUUACAUUGUAAUUUUAGCUUGGGCUAUUUUUUACUUCUUUAUGUCGUUACGUGCAGAUGUACCAUGGCGAACCUGUAAUAAUUACUGGAACACAAAGAGUUGUGUAAAUCCGUAUGAUCGAGCACGUCUUUCCUGUUGGGAACAAUAUAACAUGAAUAAUACAGUAACAAAAAUUUGUGCCGUAAAUCAAUUUAAUAUAUCAGCCAAUGAUUUAACAGAUCCCGUUAAAGAAUUUUGGGAGCGACGAGCUUUACAAAUAUCUGACGGUAUUGAACAUGUUGGUAGUUUACGUUGGGAAUUAGCUGGAACUUUAUUGUUAGUAUGGAUCCUUUGCUACUUUUGUAUUUGGAAAGGUGUCAAAUGGACUGGAAAAGUUGUGUAUUUCACAGCUCUUUUCCCAUAUGUUUUGUUAACUAUUCUCUUAAUUCGUGGUGUCACAUUACCUGGAGCUGCCGAAGGAAUUCGAUUUUAUGUAAUGCCGAAUUUAAGUAAAUUAAGGGAGUCUGAAGUAUGGAUUGACGCAGUCACACAAAUUUUCUUCUCAUAUGGUCUUGGUUUAGGCACUUUAGUCGCCCUUGGAAGUUAUAAUAAAUUUACGAAUAAUGUUUACAAAGAUGCGUUAAUUGUUUGUUCGGUCAAUUCGAGUACCAGUAUGUUUGCAGGUUUUGUAAUCUUCUCUGUAGUCGGGUUCAUGGCGCACGAGCAACAGAAACCUGUUGCAGAAGUAGCUGCUUCAGGACCAGGUUUAGCUUUUCUGGCAUAUCCGUCGGCAGUACUGCAACUUCCUGGAGCUCCAUUAUGGUCAUGCCUGUUCUUCUUUAUGAUACUUCUAAUUGGUUUGGAUUCACAAUUUUGUACAAUGGAAGGAUUUAUAACGGCUGUUAUUGAUGAGUGGCCCCAUUUAUUACGUAAACGAAAAGAAAUAUUUAUUGCAAUGGUUUGUGGAUUAUCGUAUAUCGUGGGAUUGUCUUGUAUUUCACAGGGUGGAAUGUACGUUUUCCAAAUAUUAGAUUCGUACGCCGUAAGUGGUUUUUGCUUACUGUGGAUCAUAUUCUUUGAAUGUAUUGCAAUCUCAUGGGCAUUUGGUGUCAGUCGAUUUUAUGAUGGAAUCAAAGAAAUGAUUGGAUAUUAUCCAAUUGUAUGGUGGAAAUUUUGUUGGACUAUUACAACGCCAGCGAUAUGUGUUGGAACAUUUAUAUUUAAUUUGAUACAAUGGACACCGAUUAAAUACUUGGAUUAUUCGUAUCCAUGGUGGUCACACGUAUUUGGAUGGUUCACAGCCUUAACCUCAAUGUUAUGUAUUCCUGGUUAUAUGAUUUAUCUAUGGUACACAACACCUGGAGAUCGUGAUACGAAAAUGCGUUUACUGGUUCGAAUAGAGGACGAUGUACCAACUGUACGAGCUAAAAUGCAAGCCGAAGCUCAAGCCGCUGCUAAUAAAGCUGUAGAAGUAUAAUUGAUAGUUCACUUAUUAUAUCAUUCCAUUGUUUUUUGGGCUUUCAAAAGUUUUAGCCCAGUUUUAAAAACAUUGUAUAAAAAAAAUUCAAACAAAAUUUGUCCUACACAUAUCCUAUUAUAUAUUUUUGUAACGUCAAGUCUCAAAUUCAAAUAUCAAAACUCCAAAAAAUCAUACUCAAAUUGAAACAAUAACAUGCAUUCGGGGUCAAAUCAUGGGCUUCCAUUUACAUAUCGAAGUAGAUUUUGAUAUAAUAUUUACAGGCCUGAACAAUAAUUCAAUAGAUGGCUCAAAAAUUUUUUAUACAUUUUUACCCCUUCCUCUAUUUUUGAGGCCUAUCAAUAAAUUUUUAAAAAGAAAAAACAAAAACCUAGUGAAAACUAUGUCACGAGCAGAAAUAUGAUGUAUAUCAAGAAAAUAUAUAAGAAAUGACAAGACUAUAAGCACCCGUGAUUAAAUUUACAGCACCUGACGUUGCGUACUUUGUACUGCUCAUCACCUGUCUUUCUCUCGGGCGAGACAAAAAAAGAUAGGCGUAAUGCUUCUUCUGUCAUCUCUACUCAAGUUUCACGUCCUUAUAUAUAUAUUCUUGAUAUGUAUGUUAUUGAUAUAUAUAUGUGGGUAAGAUCGUCCGCCAUUUUUAUGAUAAUGUCAAAUAAAGAUGGCGAGCGAUCUUACACACAUAUAUAUAGAACCCUACUGGCAACAUUGAAAUGAAACCACAUUCUUCACCUAAUUUAUUGCUCAUCGUUUUUAUAAACUUGACUCUUAGAAUUCGCAUAGAAAUUUUUGUAAUUAAAUAAAGAAAAUCGGCCAUAAUUACCCAAAUGAGUGAAUUCGAUUUCAAAUUUUUGUUUUUUUUUUAAAG